AUGAACGCAGAAAUUACUCCUGGUGGUAUAAAUAUUACAUAUUCAGAUUGUCCAGGAGAAAGAGAGUUUCCUUUUGAAACUAAACCACCGAUUUCAGAUAGUAAAGGAGUCAUAUCAUAUUUUGAGAGAAUCGGAAAUGAGAAUCCAAAAGCUGAACAUUGGUUAAAAAAGUUAGGUGAAGUACUUGCCUCAUACCUAUAUAAAACUUUCAACAUUAAAGUACCUGAAGGAUUUCCUGAUGGAUACGUUUUGUUUCAGAAUGUAAAGAACUAUGCUAAUGGUACAACUAGAAAUGAUAGAUAUCUUUAUGGAAGGUAUCGAUUUAGAUCUACCAAUGAAUUUUCACCUCAUAUGUUUUGGCUAGUAUCCGAUAAAUCUCAACCUUGUUCAUGUCAAUAUUGUACAGGAAGUGGUGGUGGUUCAAGAAAACGUCAUGCUUCAAAUAAUUUCCAACAAAAAACACCAAAACGAACAAAAGUUCAAUCAAAACCAAAAUUUGAUUCUUCCGAACAAGUAAUUCAAACAGUUUAUAGACGUGGUGAAAUAGUUUGGGUUGAUUUAACCAAGACAGAUGAUGAAAGUCUACAACAAAUAGCCAAAGAAAAUAUUGAUAAUAUUUCAACCAGAUAUUGGCCAGGAAUCAUAUAUUUACGGGAGAAAAGAAACAUAUCUCAAAAUAUAUCUCGAAAUAAAUCUCCCGCGAGUGAUACAACAAGCAAUUCCGAUGAUUCUUAUAUUACUAAUAAAGUGGUUUAUUUGGUUAAAUUAUUAAUGUUGAAACAAAAAGUUUAUACUGAUAGGAAAACAAUAGCACCAUGGCUUACUCGUACACGUGAUAUACCAGAUGAUUAUUCGAAAGCAAUUCAAAAAAUUAAGAUAAUUGUUGACUCAUAUACACCAAUGAAUUCAUAUAAAUAUAAAGAAUCAUCUCGUCGUUUAGCUGAAAUUAAGGAUUCUAAGGAAAGAAAACGUCUUCAAGAAAUGGAAAAAUUUCCUCACUAUAAUGCAAUUUUAUUUGGAACAGAAUUAAUUUGCGUUGAGGAUAUAGUACGAUUGACUACCGUUACUGAAAUGUCUGAAAAUAUUAAUAUGGAACCAAAAUUUCUUAAAAUUUCAAGUAUUUAUGAACACAACAAAAAAGGAAUUCAAUUUACUGGGGAUGGAUUCCUUAGAGGUAAAUUACUUAAUGAAAAAGGGAAAAGGUCAAUUAAUGAUUUCACUUGGAUCCCUUUAAAUAAAGACAAUGAAGAGUAUACAGUUGAUUUAGCCGAUAUAGCAGGUAGAUUUUAUGUAGCAUAUCCUAAUAUUGAAGAAAUUAUGCAAAGCCAAUCUUUUCUAAAGUUGAAAGAUAGAUGGACAAUCUUGGGAAAUGAAUGUUUAUAA